CUUCUAAAUCACCGUCAAAAUGUUCAACUACGUUCUCGCUGCUCUUCUCCAGCUGUCGAUGUUCCUCCUCGUCGAGGCUGCACCAGUUACCGUUCAGAGCGCCAAACCGUGGCAAGCUGGCACAGGUGGCGGUAUCGUCGGUUUCAUUGUCCUCGUCCUCGACAUCAUUGCAUGGAUUGAAAUCUUCAAGUCGAACCGCCCUGUUUCUAGCAAGGUCAUCUGGGCCCUCGUUGUCUUCCUCUUCCCCGUCGUCGGCAUGAUCAUCUACUACCUCUUCUCCAACCGCCAAGCUCACAACACCUAUGAGCCUAUCAGCGCGUGAAGUGAGCAUGGUCACGCGACCUGCACGAACGACUCCACUGCAUGUAUGGUGACGGAGGGAGGAUCUCACACACGCAGUCGAUCGAAGUUGUGAAAGAAGAUGAGCUUGCCAGGCUUGCCCUGCAAAUGUGCGCCCAACAUGCGUGGUAACGAAUGGACUUGGAGGUUGGUCACACCCUUGGAUGUUCGUUCGGCGCUGUCGAUAACCAUUUGGUCUCAAUUCUAUACGGAUGAAGUUCAACUCUAGUCAAUAUGAAUUAGUACAAACCA